CUGAUCGUUGCCCUGACGCAAAUAAGCGCGGCAAACCAAAACCUGUUUUCUCCCCUCCAGCUUUCUCCAACAAGAGUCUGCUGGCAUGAGCUGGGGGUCCAGGAAUGUGCUGCCAUUGGGACUGUCGAAGCCCGCAUCACGUGAUGUGAUAGCUCGCCUCUCUGUGUUCAGCCAUCUCCUUUUCAGUCGGUCGCGGGGAUCGUUGUGUCCAAUCGUCGGCUGCGUCACAGUGGUCGCGACUCUAGCCUGUCAGCUGCGUCGUGAGGUGAUAGCAGUCCCAUUGGAAGAAGGCCGGCAACUGAUGCUUCGGAAGGGAGAUUUUCUCCACUAACACGGCAAGCGAAGGACCCAAGCACCCCAGACAGCGUUCCGACGGUCGAGGCCUCAGGCCGUCAUCACCCCUCAUCUCAUCUUUCCCUCUCGUCUCUCCUCACUCACCUCACCUUGCCCACGACCGACCCGCUCGCUCUUCCUCCACCCGACCGAACUCCCGCAUCAGGCCUGAUCCCUCCUCCACAGUUCUCGGCGGUGCCCAAAGCUGGUGAUCCUUCAGCUGUCUGCAAAGAGCAGUUGCAAGCUAGGACGGGUCAGGUAUUUAUUAGGCUGCUGCCGGUUUUUCAUCCGUGGUUAGGGCGAGCCCAGGGCAAAGCCAAGGGGUGGCACCGUGGGCUGUCGGAAGGAAUUGUGUUGUGCUGGCAAUGCAAGUGGUCCAAGUGGGAAGCCAGUGAGUCCAAUCGCAGCCCCGGGGCAUCUGCAGACCCGCCUCCGCCGUCCAACCACACUGGACCAUCUGGCCGACGCUUCGUCUACCCCCGUCGCAAUUCUCUUCCACCGUCCACCUGCCGCGGCACAGAGGCACUCAGAGUGCCAAAGCGGCUGUCAACACGCCGUCUUGUUGUGUUUUGUGCCCCAUCAGACUCCAGACCCGUUGUCCUGUUGUCGUUGAAGUGAGCGAGUAAUACGGGGACCAAGACGAAUCGAUCGAAUGGCCGACGUCGAAGACCAGCAACAGGGCGGGCCUAGGACUUCGCGAAGCAGUGUGCGGAAGAAGCGCACAGGAAAAUCUCCCAAGCCGGAGCUUCAGUCCCAAAACGAUUGGACAUCAGCCAGUGGGCCACGACCCCGUCCGUCGCCUCACCCGAAACGUCAUGGGGAUAUAGACAUAGACAUAGACAUUGUCGAGUCCUCUGACGACUCAGACGACGCCCAAGCGUCGCCUCCCAAGCAGCAGCAACCAUCUCGACGUCCUUCGAAGCACCGUCAACAGCUCCCGAGUCCCACCGACUCCGAGGACUCCGACCUCCCGUCCAAGCCGCCGUCCCGUUCUCGACAUCGGACUGCUGCCAUGCGGCCCAACUCCACCGUGCCCUUGGUCGACACCAAGGCCAUGGCCCGCCGUAUGCAACAUCGCACUUCAUAUGACGACGACGACGACGAUGAUGAGCCGCCUAUACGUCCAUCGCGGCCAGCAAGCCGCCAGACGAUGGCAUCUCAUCGCGACCAGAGUUCUCGCUCCGCUCACCGCUACAGGUCUACUCCUGAAUCUAGGCGCUCACCCCGCACUUCCAUGUCCGAUUCUGAGGGCGAAACUGACGUGACCGAGGAUUCUUUGGAGGAAGUGGUUAUUCAACAGCCUACCCGGAGAAGGAAGCCUCCGGCUGUUCCCACCGCCCCGGUACCCCCUCCCGCACCGUCCAUGCAUGAGCGCCUCAACCGGCGCACAGAGGAGCCCGAAAUUGAGGUCGUCUAUGAGGAUCCAGAUCCGGAGCCGGAUUUUGCAUCGACAAGGUAUGAGCAAUCGGUAGGUGUAGGAAGAUCGCGAGCUCAAUCCCGAGCCCCUUCCCGAGCACCCUCUCGAGCUGCGUCGGUGAAGCCGGAUGCCUAUCGUCGUCCGAGAGACGUUUCCCGUGCUCCGAGUCUCGAUGGCGACCGGGCUCGGUCCAAAUCCCGAACCAGAAGACCGUCGACCAGGCAGUAUGAGUCAGACGCUUAUGUGUCGAGGGCCCCUUCAGUGUUCAGAAGAGCCAACACCACCAUAGAAGGGUCACACCAUGCGUCGUCACAGAGCUUCAGCUCCAAGCGGUCCAUGUUUGCCGAUCCGACAGCUGCAAAUAACAUGCAGUUGGAGAGGCAACAACCCAAGAGGUUUACCACUUGUGUCUCAUGCAGAGACAACAAGACUCUGGUCGAGAACACAGCCAAGCUUAAGUGCGCACAUCGCAUGUGCAACACUUGCCUGGUGCGCAGCUUUGAGCUGUCUCUUCGAGGCCCACAGCAUAUGCCCCCUCGAUGUUGUACCGCAGAGCCCAUCCCACCAAAACACGUCGACAAACUGCUGGGUGAAGAUUUCAAAGCCGAGUGGAACCGAAAAUACCGUGAGUAUACGACCAGAAGCCGCAUAUAUUGUCCGGAGGAACGGUGUGGCAGGUGGUUCCAGCCCGACAACAUUCGUCAGGAGAACGGGCGUGGGCAGGCAAAAUGCAGUCACUGCAAAACAAAAGUCUGCUGUGCUUGCCAUGGACUGUGGCAUCCGCAGUACAACUGCCCAGGCGAUGAGAACACAGCACAGUUCAUGCCGCAAUCCAAGCGAGAUACAUACCAGACCUGUUAUCAGUGCCAUCACAUGGUCGAACUCGCUGAAGGCUGCAACCAUAUGAAGUGCCGUUGUGGUGCUCAGUUCUGUAUGCUCUGCGGCGGUCCGUGGAAAUCGUGCGCAUGUCCCAUGACGAAUAACUCAGUCCAAGCUGUACCUCGAGCAGCCGCAGACCGCAUGAGGACGCCGAUGGACGAACCUCCGAAUCCCUUUGCAUCUGCGCCGAAGUACGCAUCUCGUGUUCCCUCUCCCCAGGCUCCACGGUCGGGAUUCCCGGCCUCUUAUGCAGGCACUGUAAAGCCUCGCCCAUCGAGCUACGAGGAAGAACCAUAUCUUGCUCGGCGUAUGGAAGUCCGUGAAGAACCUCAUCAUGCUCGCCGGAUGCAUUCUUUUGAUGAUGCCUUUGGUCAUGUCGAUGACCAGGCCGAGUACGGUAGAGGAAGGGCAGGUGUCAACGUCUUUGACUUUGAAGAACAACCCCGACGACGCAUCGAAGCUCGGAGCCGCGGAGCGUCUUUUGGAAACGGUGAUUUCCGAGCUGGGAGGGCUGCAACGGUUGUUGCACCAUCACCUCCGCAAACACAUGUUCCCAUGGCGCCGCCACCGCCUCGUUCGGCAUUUGAGCCACCCUCACGCCCCGCCUUCGACCGAGUACCACCUCGGGCCGCGCCGCGCGCUGAUUAUGCCUCCGAGGCCUAUGCUCAAAGAGCGGCGCGCUAUGCUUCGCCGGAGCGAUAUGAGGAGUUUGCUGCCGAGAACUACACAGCCGACAGACGGAGACCGUACUCGCCCGAAAGACGACAAACAUUCCCUACUGCGAGACGGCCGCGUUCUUUGGAUAGACACCAUCCAUUUGCUCAGGAGCGGCGCGAAGAGUCACCCGAUGGUUGGCAAGUCCCGACGCGUUUCCCAUCCCCAGAAAGAGGAGCACCCAUGGCUAUGGAGAUUCCGCAGAAGCCACGACACAUGCUCGCGCCCGAGAGGCACAUGCAGAUCCCAGAAAGGCACAUGGCACCCCAGGAUAGACACAUGCAGCUUCCUGAACGACACAUGGCCACUCUUGACCGCUACGCCUCCAUGUCGGAAAGGCACGCCCCAAUGCCGGAAAGACAACAACAGCAGAUGCCAGAGAGGCACAUGGCAAUGCCGGAAAGACAGCUGGCUCAUCCUGACGAUAGACUCCGUGCUCCUUCGCCCGAGAGACGCCGAGCGUCGUCAUUCGACAAACGGCUCGCCGAUCGUUUCAACCCGGAGAGCAGACAGAGUCCAGGAGCCUACCACAUGGGCGGGAUGGGCCACGCCGUCCCACCUGCUCCUAUGACCACCAUCGGAGUUGGCCCUGUCGGACCGCCCGGACACAUAGGACACAUGGGCAUGAUGAGUGCGAUGGUGCCCCAGGGGCCGCUGAGUCCUACAAGAGGACCACCGCCUCUUUCUCGCACCGCAUCGCACCCGGCAGCAGCAAUGAUGCACGGACACGGAGGUGGUCCAUCAAUUCCGGUCGCUCCGGUGCCGCCACCGGCUAUUUCGCAUAUGCCUCGCAGGCACACCAUGGAGGAGGACAUCUACAUCUCCGGCCGUCAUCCAGGAGGACCGACACCUGAAUGGUUUGGUCCCCCGGGCAUGGGCAUGGGACUGCAUGAGUGGGAUCCCAGCGGGGGUUCUGCCCGUGCUCCUCACAUCCGAAGACGGGCCACGCAAGCUCACCGGGAGCACAACAAGACUGAGGCCAAGCCCUCGAUGCAGGCUGGCCUGAGCGGAUCUGGGAGAGGCUUGCAUCGAGUGUCGGAGUGGGUGAAUUAUAUUGAGCCUGGCCCGCCUGAGGAUACAAUGGGAGGAGGUGGCCCUGCGACGAUUGUGGGAUAGCGUUUUGUUUUCUUCUUGUCGUCAUUUUUGGAUUUUUCUUUGGCUAUUUUAUUGUAUUUCUUAUUCUUUUUUCUUGGGACAUUCUGGAUCUCAUCAACUUUUCUUUAUCACGUGUGUCACCACCACCACUACCACAAGCAAACAAAGUGAAGCGAAGCGAUCAUUACGUUGGGAGAGGGAAGAAUUUCUGUUAUGAAGUUAUGAUAUCAGUGGAUUUUGUACAAGUUGGUACCUGACGUGAUGUGAUGAUGGAUGAAGGGGCAUCGAGAAGCAUAGGCAUUGUUUUAGGCAUAGAAAUGACGACAUGAAUGGUUGAUGAUAUCAUGGGGUUUUUGUUAAUUUAUUUUUACUUUUUGUUUUUAUGGGUAUUUGUUUUGCUCUGUCUUUACCUGCUAUUCUAUUGGUUGAUUUGUCUGACAUUGUGUGUAUAUCUCAGGCUGUCAUGAGAGUUAAGUACAGGUAGGUUGAGGAGGGGGAUGGUGUUUUGGGUUGGUGAGGGUCUCGGUCAUGAGAAAGAAAGAAAAUGAUUGAAUUUAUUUGUUCCCCUG